UUAAAGUCAAAAUCGAUCGAUGGUGCGUCAAAAUAGCGUAAAAAUCGUGUGUGGAUCAUGGUGGGCAAGCAGCAAACGAACCCUGCAUUAGUGCCCUCUCUCCAAGUUACGCACGAAAACAGAACAGAUCGCGCUUGGGGAGCUUGCGUAUCUCUUCACGGUGCAAGUCGCGCAUCGCUUAUGCUCAGGUUUCUCAGUAUUGUUUCGGUGCUUCUAAAGUUUGCAUGUUUUGUGUACGGUUUAAUCGCGUCUGAAUACCCGUGUAUCCAUCGUAUCCGGACCCGGGGUGCUCCGAAUGCUGUUGUUAUCACCACAGUACGUCGCGCGUAAAGAGACGUAAAAUAGCAGUCUCUUAAAAUAUUUGGAUGCCUGAACCUGAAAGCAUUCACAAAGAGGAACAAGCAAGAAGUUAAACGUGGAAAGAAUUUGCGUUUGGUUUCGGUUCUGCGGUACGAAAUGUAUUUACGGCAAAAAGGUUAAUUCAAGCAAAACAGUGCGGAAGUUUGUGUUGUGAAGAGAAUGACCAACAAUUCGCCGAUUGUUCCAGUAUUUACCUUGACCAAGAAAUAUACGAAACGCCUUGGAAGGGUUUCUCUCUUUUCCUCUCGGAGGUGGUUAAUUGUGGAAGAUCGUGAGUGAAACGCACUAGUGAUAGAAAGAUCGACAAAGAUGUGAGUGUUUUUGAGUAGUAGCUUUCUUUGGAGCAACAUUUCAACCAGUAUAAUCGUGUCUUUAUGAAAUUAUGUUUUGUUAAAAGGAGAUAAAAUGCGUAGUGUUAAGUUUAAGUAGUUUUCGUGUAUAUUAGUCACUAUCAUCGAGUGUGUUUUAUAUGAAUGUAUCGUUUUAGUGCAUGAAAACAUAACUUCGAUUUCGAUGAUCGAUCGUUUUACCUGAAAACGUGAAUUAUUGAUUGUGCAAGUGUGUGAACAAGGAUCAAAUUUCACCUUCUACAACCUACCGCUACGGCUUCAUCUCGGUCAAUCAACAGGCCACCUUGCUUGACUCGAUUUUGCUCGAUUUGCCCGUUUGCCUGUAAAGGAUGCCAUUCGACUAAAAAUAGAUUCAUCAUACCCGUGGUAGAGCGUAGAGUGCCAUAUCAGUGCCCACCACGUAGAAACACACGAUGUGGUACAACUGUUUGAGAAGAAAGCGGCGAAAGUGAUAUUUCUUUUUACUACAAACUACUUAUCAAACUACGUUUAAACAACGCAGCGCUACUUCAUUGAUUCCAGUGUGUGCAAAAAAGUCUGUGAUAGUAUUAAACACCGAAAGCUUUAUGCCAUUAUCUUAAAGCAUUAACCACAGUGCCACGCCGAGUGUUUGAGCGAAAAGUAGUAUUACAUGUUACAAAGCGUAUUCCACCGUUUCAUGAGGCUGUUUUGUAAUUUCACGUUAGUUUAAGUUCGAAUGAGUUUUUUUUAUUGUUCUAUAUCAACUUAAAACCCAGCUUAUAAGCAGAAGUCGCAAUGUGUAAUUGCUGCAAAUGUAUUUUUAGUUGCUGGGAAGACUUUUAUUGGAAUUGUAUCGAAGAGAAAUUCUGUUUCGACGAAUCAUUAGUUAACUACGACCCGGAAGAGGAUGAACAUGCGGCUAAGAACAAAAACAAAAACGGCUAUUAUGGCAGCACGACGGGCGACUCGGGAGAGAACAACAAUGCACCGAUCUGCCGGCAGCCGGGUGUUUCAUCCGGUGGCAGCAUUGCCCGCAACAUGUCGAUGAGUUCCAAAAUACACGAGGACGAUCUGCGCCGCGAAAUUCAAACCAACGUUCCAAUGCUGGCACCGGAAGUGAUGGCCAUCUUUGCUAAUUCGCAAAUUUUCCAGUCGAGCGCACCACCGAAACAGCAGACGUCGAAAGCGACCACCUCACCGGCGUCGGUGAAGUUUGCCAUUUCCGAUUCCGGUUCACCGAUCGAGGUGACACCGGUGGCCAACAACACCGCCAGCAAACAGGUCACCGAUGAAACGUCUGCGGCAAUGCACGUCGAUGGUGCCGGAGGUCGUGAACUGAGCUCCGAUAAGCUACUGCAGCGGCUCGAAGGUUCUACCAGCGGCGGCAGCAUGUCGGACGAACGUGACAGUCGAGUCGUUGUUAUUCCAGCUAUCGUCGAGGAGGAGGACGGAUCAGAUGAGCAAUCGGGAGAUUCGGAGGUCGUCUUGCGACCACCACGUAACUUCUCCGAGCUGAGUCUAUCGAAAUCGAUUCCGAACAACAAGACGAUAAGCCUUCUGCAGGCAGAAAUGCCAUACUUUUCGAUUCGACCGGCUAGCGAGAAUGAUAUCUUUACGAUAUCCUCCGGUGCUGGGGGUGGCAGCGGUGGUGGAAGCGGUGGAGCUGGUGGUGCAGGAGGUAGUACGUACAACUCCAUCAGUAUGACUCCAGAGGUUCCUGCCAUUUCGUUCUCGAACCUACCGAAGAACUACCUAGAGACGCCCGUUAUCGAGAAGUACCGUGAGUCGGUGAGCCUGUACUCGAUUCAAACGGCCGGUAUUAACAGACAGUCGCAGACGGAUGAUCUAUCGAUGCCACGGUACUAUGGCAAAUCGGAUCUGUUUGUGUCCGGCAUAGAUCGAGCCAACAGUCGCAGCGCCGAUGCGGUAGAGAUAGAUCAUUCCGAGGACGGAAGUGGUUCGCUGUCGCUUAGUAGUAGCUCACUGGCUAAGGGACGUGCCAGAAACGUGGAACGCAGCAAACGCCUGAUGAACCUACGCACGGCAUUACCUCCGUUGAAUCUGGGACUGGUGCGUGGUAGUUCGGCAUCAAAUUUGCGCGAUCGGCGGGAAGCUCGCGAAUCACGCGAACGUGACAAAUCGGCCAAAAUCAAGGAAGGGCUACGUGUUUAAGGCAUUGUUUCGGCUACAUUUACUUAAAGCAGAAGAGAGAAAGAACUUUGUGUGCCAAGUACAGUAUACGUGGAGGUGUUUCACCAUCCGAUAAACGAUUGUUGCUUAACAAUUAGUUGUUUUAUUAUUAGAAAUAAUUUGUUGUCGUAGUUUUAGGAAAGAUGCGCAAGUUAUUAAACAAACGAAAAAGCAAGUGUUCAAUUGCUUUCUCCUCUUUUUUAGGGGUGAAGGUGAACGAAUAGAUUCCACAGCUACAAUUGUAAGAUACAUUUCAAUAAAUUUUGGUAUUAAAUACUACAUAGGUUAUAAUUGAAAUCGAAAAACCAAAA